CCGCCAUCAGUAUCCCCUUGCCCACGAUCGAACAAUCACCUGCUACAACCUACGACCAAACGGUUCUCGAAAUUCAAUUGCUACAACAAAUCCAGCAAACGAACGUUCUCUCGGACUAAAUUCCUCUUCGACAUUCUCCGGGAGUUUGGGUGCUUACUCACGGCCUCAACUUUCCCUAACUCCGCCCCUCUAUAGCACCCCGCUUUGCGCGCAGCGCUUCUUUGCUUCAAGCUCAGUAAACAUGGCCGGCACGAAGAUUGACGGCACGGCGAUAGCGAAAGGUAUUCGUGAGAGGCUCAAUGCCGAAAUUCGGAAGACACAGGAGUCGAAUCCAAGAUUCAACCCGAGCCUGGUGAUUUUCCAGGUUGGUGACAGAUCGGAUUCAAGUACCUAUGUCCGCAUGAAGCUCAAGGCUGCGGAGGAGGCGAAUAUCCUUUGCAGACUUGCCAAAUUCCCAGAAGAGAUUACCGAAACAGAGCUGAUCCAGGAAAUUACCAACGCAAACAACGACCCUUCGGUACACGGAAUUUUGGUGCAAUUACCCCUCCCCAAUCAUCUUUCUGAACAUACAGUCACAUCAGCAGUCUCGAAUGAGAAAGACGUGGAUGGCUUUGGCGCGGUCAACAUUGGAGAAUUGGCAAAGCGGGGAGGCAAGCCACUCUUUGUCCCUUGCACACCGCAAGGAAUCAUGGAACUUCUACGCUCAAGCGGCGUAAAUCCGGCUGGGAAGAAUGCCGUUGUCCUUGGGCGGAGUGAUAUCGUCGGCAGCCCAGUUAGUUAUCUGCUAAAGAACGCUGAUGCCACCGUGACUGUCUGCCACUCGAAAACGAAGAAUCUCCCUGAAGUCAUCAAAGAAGCCGAUAUCCUAGUCGCAGCCAUCGGAAAGGCAGAGUUCGUUAAAGGAGAGUGGCUUAAGCCCGGUGCCGUCGUUAUCGAUGUUGGAACGAACUUCGUUCCCGACGCAUCUAAAAAAUCAGGUCAGCGCCUUGUGGGCGACGUCGAGUUCGGAUCCGCCGUAGAGGUGGCUUCUCAGAUCACUCCAGUACCUGGGGGCGUCGGGCCGAUGACAGUCGCGAUGCUUCUUCAAAACGUGGUGAAUUCAGCCAACGCGUCUUUUGAGAGGCUCAAGGAUAGGCGGAUUUCUCCUUUGCCCAUCAAACUCCAGAACCCAGUUCCGUCUGAUAUUGCCAUCUCUCGUGCACAACGUCCAAAAGCAAUUUCUCAAGUGGCUGCCGAGAUUGGAAUUGCUCCCCAUGAACUUGAGCCAUAUGGCCAUACAAAGGCAAAGGUAAGCCUAGACGUCUUAUCGAGACUAUCGCAUCGCCGUAAUGGACGAUAUGUCCUCGUUUGUGGCAUUACUCCAACUCCUCUGGGAGAAGGCAAAUCGACCACCACAAUGGGACUUACUCAAGCUUUGGGUGCCCAUCUCAAUAGAAUUGUUUUUGCAAAUGUCCGGCAACCGAGUCAAGGUCCGACUUUCGGUAUCAAGGGUGGUGCCGCGGGUGGUGGCUACAGUCAAGUUAUUCCCAUGGAUGAGUUCAACCUCCAUUUGACUGGCGAUAUUCAUGCUAUCACAGCAGCCAAUAACCUUCUUGCUGCCGCUCUCGAAACGAGAAUGUUUCAUGAGUCUACGCAGAGCGAUGCUGCUCUCUACAGACGCUUGGUCCCGACCAAGAAAGGAAAGAGAGAAUUCCAGCCUAUCAUGUUCCGAAGACUGAAGAAGCUGGGUAUUGACAAGACUGAUCCUAACGAAUUAACGGAAGAGGAGAUUCACCGGUUUGCUCGCCUGGACAUUGAUCCUGAUACGAUUACAUGGCGCCGCGUGUUGGAUGUCAACGAUCGACAUCUCCGAACCAUCACUGUUGGCCAAGCAGCAACUGAAAAGGGCCAUACAAGACAAACUGGAUUUGACAUCUCAGUUGCAAGUGAAUGCAUGGCCAUUUUAGCCCUUAGCAACGACCUUGGUGAUAUGCGAGAGCGUCUUGGGAGAAUGGUGGUUGCGACCUCCAAGAAUGGAGAUCCCGUUACUUGUGAUGACAUUGGAGUUGGAGGCGCAUUGACAGCCCUAAUGAAGGAUGCAAUCAAACCAAACCUCAUGCAAAGUCUGGAGGGCACACCGGUCUUUGUCCACGCCGGUCCAUUCGCCAACAUCAGUAUCGGGGCUAAUUCCGUUGUAGCGGACAAGCUCGCGCUCAAAUUGGCGGGUACCGAGCCUGAUGAAGACCAUGAAGCUAAGACUGGCUUUGUUGUCACUGAAGCUGGAUUCGACUUCACCAUGGGUGGCGAGCGUUUCUUCAACAUCAAGUGCCGCUCUUCCGGCCUUGUCCCAGAUACCGUCGUUAUCGUGGCUACUGUGCGCGCUCUCAAGGUUCACGGCGGUGGACCCGACAUCACUCCUGGUGCACCACUUCCAGAAGCCUACAGAAAUGAGGACAUCGAGCUUCUCCGACGAGGCUGCAUCAACCUGAAGAAACAUAUUGAGAACGCAAAACAAUAUGGCAUCCCCGUUGUGGUCGCCAUCAACAAAUUCGAGACCGAUACGGAGGCUGAGAUGGCUGUUAUCCGCGAGGAAGCCAUCGCUGCCGGAGCCGAAGACGCAAUUCCAGCUAACCACUGGGCCGAAGGCGGUGCGGGAGCCGUUGAGCUUGCAAAGGGUGUCAUCAUGGCCAGCUCCAAACCCAAGGACUUCAAACUUCUCUACAGCCUCGAAGGCACGAUCCAAGAGCGGAUCGAAAAGAUCGGCCAGCUCAUGUACGGUGCCGACAAGGUUGAGUUCAGCGAACUCGCCCAGAAGAAGGUGGACACAUACACAAAACAAGGGUUUGGCAAUCUGCCCAUCUGCAUCGCAAAGACACAGUAUUCAUUGAGUCACGAUCCUAGCCUCAAGGGUGCCCCAACUGGAUUUACAGUGCCAAUCAGAGAUGUGCGAUUGGCAGUGGGGGCUGGAUACUUGUAUGCUUUGGCGGCCGAUAUACAGACCAUCCCUGGUCUUCCCACCGCCCCAGGCUAUCUCAAUGUCGACGUUGAUGCCGAAACCGGCGAAAUUGACGGACUUUUCUAAACCCCCGUUUCUGCUCGACUCUUCAUAGCCCUUCCCUCUUUCCCCUGUAUUUUUACCUUUCCCUGCAUCCGAAAUUUUUCCAAAAGAACAAAAAAAAAAAAAAAGGAAACAAGGGGACAUCUUCCUUUCUCCCUUCAACAGCGCUCAUUCUUCCUUUGAUAUAAGCCUUCGGCGUUUCAGUUUUUUAUUGUCAUUUUUUUUCUAGGUCCCAUUUUCGGGUUGAUAGAGCCUGAUGGACGUGGCAGUAUAGACGGGCAAAAAAGUGUGGCGUGAUUUAUAUGGGCGGCAUAUCGCGCACCUGUGGGUAUUUUCAACAAUAAGAUUUCAACAGCAAUGCAUAUAUGGAAUGUAAUAUCCAUACAUAUAUGCAAAUAGCUAGCAGAUAGAUGUUCGACCUGAUAGAUCCUUUAAAAUUCCAAGAGCAUUUGUUCAG